AUGCACCGGCUGUCGCGCAAACUAGAAUUGGCCAAGAGGCGUCUUCGGCAGUGGAACCAUGAGACUGUGGGUGAUAUCUUCCGGAGAGUAGAGGGGGUAGAGACUGCGAUCUCUGAAUUACAGCGGAAAGAAGAUCUAGAAGGUGAGCUCUCGGUGGAUGACAUGGGUGAUCUCCGGGGGCUUCUAGCGACCCACCACUCACUACUACGGCAGCACGAGAUCUUCUGGCGACAGAAAUCUCGAGUUCAGUGGGUACAUGAGGGUGACCGCAAUACUAGCUUCUUCCACCGGUCUACGAUUAUCCGGAGGCAGCGGAGCACUAUCCACUCGCUGCGAGACGGGUCUGGACAUCGGGUGGAAGGUGAGCCUGCCAUUCGCCAGGUCUUACUGGACUUCUUCCGUGACAGAUGGACGGCGGAUGAGGAGUCCGGCGACAGAGACCAUCCCAUGAGGAUGGAUGCGAGGAUCGAGGACACUGAGAACGCAACCCUGGUCCGACCAGUGUCUGCUCAGGAGGUUCAGGAGGCAGUCUGGGCUUUGGCUCCAGACAAGGCUCCGGGUCCGGACGGGUUCCCCCCGUUCUUUUUCCGACAGUAUUGGGGUAUCAUUCGGACAGCAGUGAUAAAGGCUAUUCAGUGCUUUUUCUCUCAGGAGAGGAUGCCGGAUGACUGGAAGGCUACCUUCAUCACGCUCAUUCCGAAGCGUCAGGAGGCGGCGGAGCCUGGCCAUUUCAGACCCAUUAGUUUGUGCACAACCUUGUAUAAGGUUGUGGCCAGAAUAAUGGUCCGUAGGAUGAAGCCCUUACUGCCUGGCAUUAUCAGUCAGGAGCAGGGGGCUUUUAUAGCUGGCAGAAACAUCUCCCAUAAUGUGCUGUUGGCCCAGGAGAUGAUGUGGGAUCUGCAGCAAGCAUCGAAGCGACGAAGCUUGAUGGCUAUUAAGCUGGAUAUGGAGAGAGCUUACGACAGGAUCAGAUGGAGAUUUCUUCAGCAGGUACUCGAGGCAUACGGCUUCCACAGACAGUGGAUCGGUUGGAUCAUGGGAGGGGCGCGGGUUUCUGAUGCACGGGUCCUUCGGAGGGUAGUGGCGGACUAUUGCGCGGCGUCAGGUCAGAGAGUUAAUUUCCACAAGUCAGCAGUCCACUUCAGCCCGAGCACGGAGAGCAGGGUCAGACAGGAGAUCCGAGGGAUUCUACAGAUACCUCAGCAGGAGGAGACAUUGACUUACCUGGGAGUUUCUAUCACAGGCCGCAGACUGCGGGUGGCAGAGUGCUCCUACCUAGUGCAGCGGGUGGAGAGCAGGUUGGAGGGAUGGAGAGCGGCCUCCCUGUCUAUGAUGGGGAGACUGACCUUGAUCAGAUCAGUGUUGGGGUCCAUGCCAGUAUACCUCAUGGCCAACACCGUGGUUCCGAAGAUGACCUUGCUGAGGGUCGAGCGAUUGCUGCGGUGUUUUCUGUGGGGGUCAUACGGCGGAGGCCACGGGGUGCAUUUGGUGGCCUGGGAGCAUGUCUGCCGGCCUACCAGUGAGGGUGGCCUCGGGGUGCAGUCCCUACUGGAGCGGCGCGAGCUUUUCAUUGCUCGGCAUGCAGCUCGGUUCUUGUUACAGCCACACGAGCUGUGGAGUCAGGUGAUGGCGGCCAGAUAUGGCCGUGGGGGCUCAGAGGCGGCACGGAGAGCGCGACGAGUCUCCUUCAUGUGGCGGGAGAUUGGGAGGUAUCUGCCGACGGUGUCAGCAAAUACCAGGUGGCUGAUUGGCGAUGGGCGGAGUAUUGAUAUGACUACGGACCCAUGGGUGGAUACUGUUCCACUGAGGUGCUGGCCGACCAUGAUCGAUGCUGAGGCAGCGGAGGGGUUGCGGGUCUCCGAUCUUCUUGCCCCAGGAGAGUCUGCAUGGGAUGACGCUAGGCUAUGUCAGCUGUUUGGAGGAUGUCUAGCCGAGAGGAUCCGGUCCCUUCCGGUGCCAGGUUGCGGGGGGCCUGAUGUCAGGGUUUGGGGCACCUCUUGCCGGUCCAGUGUCAGUCUGGGAGACCUCGCCGAUGUUAUCCUGCAGGAGCAUGAGCCGGGGCAGGACUAUGCUUGGAUCUGGAGGUCUGGGCUUCACCCGAGGGCGGCACUCUUCUUAUGGAAGGUGGCAUGGGACCGCCUGCCGACGAGAGCAAUGCUGAGCAGGCGAGGUUGGGGGAUCCCCGCGGAGUGCGGGACAUGUAGUGUCGAGGAGUCGACCGACCACGUGCUCUUCCAGUGUACGUGGGCGAGGUCGGCAUGGCUGUGGGCAGGGUUCCCGCAGGAGGUUUGGUGUGGGAGGCCUCAGUUUGUACAGAUGAUGCAGCAGUGGCUGGCCCGGCCUCGGACAUGUCAGGAGGCUAUUCGAGCGACCUGCACAGCACAUCAGAUCUGGCUGGCGAGGAACGCCCGCACCUUCGGUGAGCGCAGGGUGUCACCGAGAGAAUUGCGAGGAGCAUGGAAGGGCAUAUCAGUUGCUAUUAAACUUCUCAAUGCAAAGCGGUGGAGUAACUUCUUGUAUUUAUGA